AGAAAAGAAAAUUGAUCGGUGUAAAUUAAUUCAGAAAAAUCGAACCCUGCCAGAUACUGAAAACUUGGGGGUAAGCAGAAUCCUGCAUCCAGCGCACCGGAAGGGACCUGAAAAGGCAUCUCGUGUACUUGACGUCAUACCUGAACAUUUUGAAGAACAUCCCAUCGUGCCGGGGUCCAAGGGAUGCUGAAGGUCUUCCGGUGACCAGUUAAUUUUCGGACUCCCCAUUCAACCAUUGUAUUCAUCCAGGCCCUGCCUCUCAAGCCACAUGUGUAGGAAAAGGACCUGCUCAGAAGAGGGGAGCUCUUCAGUGUAGAAAAAUGAAUGUAAUGAUGUGUUUAGGGUGCUUAAAUACAGUUGUUUCCCAUAGGAUGCGUUAAGAAUACAAAAGAGGGGGAUGGUUAGGGCUACGUGUAGGAGGCGCCAAGGAAAGCUUCCUAGAGAAGGUAACAGUUGAAAUUGCAGCUGGUGCGCAGGGCUACAGGAGCACUUGUCUCCCGGGUUCCCAAACAGACCAAAUCGGAGGCUCGUUGACAAAUCCAAAGGAAAGCUUAGAUAUGCCAACAACAGCAAUUACAAAAAUGAUGUCAUGAUCAGAAAGGAGGCUUAUGUACACAAGAGUGUAAUGGAAGAACUGAAGAGAAUCAUUGACGACAGUGAAAUUACAAAAGAAGAUGAUGCUUUGUGGCCUCCCCCUGACAGAGUUGGCCGACAGGAACUUGAAAUUGUAAUUGGAGAUGAACACAUUUCUUUUACCACAUCAAAAAUAGGUUCUCUUAUUGAUGUAAAUCAGUCAAAGGAUCCUGAAGGCCUUCGAGUAUUUUACUACUUGGUACAGGACCUGAAAUGUUUAGUUUUUAGUCUUAUUGGAUUACAUUUCAAGAUUAAACCAAUCUAAGUUGUAUGUUUUUUUAAAAGGUGUUUUUAUAUUUAAUUAAGGGAUGGGUUUGUCACUUACAAUAUUGGGAUUUUUAUAAAUGUGAAACUCUUGUUUUGUAUGCCCACUGAAAAUAAGAAAAUACAUAAACAGGCUUAAUGGUUCUUCUCACUUGGGUCCAAGUGGUUUAGAUAGUCCUCACACAUAUUAAAUUCUGUAAAUGAAAGCAACUUUUUGUUGAGAUUUUGCUCCAAUAAAACAUAUCAAAGCCUGCA